CUGUAACAGGGAUGACUUCAAAAGAAACAGCAACAUUGGCAUGAUUCAGUCUUGACACCCUGCGGUCAGUGUGAAGACUCUAAACUGCUGCAGUCCUGGUCAGAGCAUGAGGAUCUUGCCAGGGUGAUUCACAGGAGCUGGGACGUGACUUUAGUGACCUCAGUACAGCAGCAUGGCAUCACCCAGGCACUACGGACACUCUGCUCGGGAUAUUACCAACGUGAUGCAGAAGCUGCAAGAUGAGCAGGAAGCAGUGCAGAAAAGGACAUUCACAAAAUGGAUCAACUCCCACUUGGCAAAGCAUGUCCCUCCCCUGGUGAUGACCGAUCUCUUUGAGGACAUAAAAGAUGGUGUGAUGCUGCUGGCCUUGCUGGAAGUCCUUUCAGGACAAAAGCUGCCAUGUGAACAGGGCAAGAAGCUAAAAAGGAUCCACUGGGUCGCCAACAUUGGUACAGCUCUUAAAUUCCUUGAGGGUAGAAAGUCUGCGUACAGAGGAUCUCCGAUCAAGUUGGUGAACAUCAACUCAACAGACAUCGUGGAUGGACGGCCAUCUAUUGUUCUGGGGUUGGUGUGGACCAUCAUUCUCUAUUUCCAGAUUGAGGAGUUAACCAGUAGCCUACCAGCACUCCAUACCUUGUCCAGCAGCAUCUCCUCACUGGACAGCUCCACCAGCAGCACUGAGAUUACCAGCCCACCCGUCAAAAAGAAGACCCUUCCUCCUCUGCAGGGUGGAGCCAGGAAGGCAUUACUGAGAUGGGUCCAGCAGACAGCCACCAAAAGUCUGGGCCUUGAGGUGAGGGACUUUGGCCCCAGCUGGCGUACUGGUUUAGCAUUCUUCGCGGUUAUCAAUGCUCUCCGGCCUAAUCUUGUCGACAUGGAGCGAGUAUGGGGAAGGCCCAAUCGGGAAAAUCUUCAUGAAGCCUUCUUGUUGGCCGAGACUGAGUUAGGGAUUCCACAGCUUCUUGAGCCAGAGGAUGUCGACGUAGAAAAGCCAGAUGAGAAAUCUGUCAUGACAUAUGUAGCCCAAUUCCUGAAGCACCUUCCAGAACGAAAGCAGAGCGGCUCCGAGGGACAGCUACAAGUAGAGAGAGAGCAGCGAAAGAGCCUGAGGGAGCUCAGGAUGUGGCUCGACCAGCUGGAGAGAGAUACAAUACAGGCUCAGGAGACUGAGGGCAGUCUUGCUCAGCAGUACCAGCUGUUCAAGAGUCUGCGUGUCCAGUUGGAGAUGAGGAGGAAGCAGGUGGAGGGAGCUUUGCAGUCUACUCAGAGGGAUGGGAUGUUGACUGUGGAUCAGGCUCUGGUCAAACAGGCCUGGGAAAGGAUCUCCAAAAGGUUACUGGACUGGCAUCUUCAGCUGGAUAGGUCUCUGCCAGCUCCUCUGGACACAGUGGGAGCAUGGCUGCACGAUGCCGAGGAAGCUCUGCGACAGGAGAUAACCAUCCAGCAGGCACAUGAUAUCACAGCCAGCACCGUGCAUAGAGCUCUGGAGCAGCACAAGGAUGAACUUUAUCUCUACAUCUUCUAG